ACGUUCCGCGCUAAAAGACUUGAAAAAUAAACACACCGCAUGAUUCAGGGGUCAUGAUGUUACCAACGCGUAAUUCUCACGGGUUGUUUUUACCAUACUGUGCGUGAUUUAAUGGGACUUUACCACACAGAUAGACAUGCUGGUCGGUCUGUACUACUGUGGUAGGUCGGCAGGGUGUCGAGUGACUGAGUUUAAUCGGUGAAAGUCCAAGGUACGUCGCCAAGUAUUACACCAGAUUAAAAACUAAACAUAUGAGUUUGUGUUCCGUAUCGAGAUAUGUUUAUCUCUAUAGUUGUAUUGCCAGCCAGAGUUGAGCAUUGUAUGUGUGAAGUGGAAUGGUCAUGAACAUGGUGGUCAACUCUUCUUUGGCAACAAGGACGAAAUAGAUUACAAUCUUGGUCGUGAUGUCGGAAUUAAGUUCAGAAAUGGAGACGGAAAAUCAGACAUGCACCCUGAAGGAGUACCGGGGAUUCCUGGUUCACUGCUCGUUUCCUAUUUCGGUUGUUAUGGUGUUAAUCCUCAGCUUCAUGCAACGCACCAAGAAGGAAAGAAGAACCGGACGCUCCAAUUGGUUCAGGGAAAAUUUCUCCCUUAUUUUUCCGGUUGAUCUUUAUGAGAACCAUGACCGACUGGCCUACUGCCUCGCUUUCGGGGCUUCCUCCUCCAUGGUCUUGGAUCUACUGUUUAACGACUACACUGCAUACCUGUUUCAUCAAGAGCCUCCAGGAUGGUCAAAGAUAUUGGUUGGUUCCAUUCUGACCAUAGAGAUCUCUAUCGACUGUUUUCCAACCUUUGCCUGCAUCACCAGCAAGUCUCGUCUUCUCUCUAAUGCCAUGGGAUUUAUCUACAAUGUCUUCUGGUUUGUUAUGAUGGUGCUGUUUUGCAUAAGCUGUGAGAGAGCAGAGCAUAACAUGACAACCUUACAGAUACCGCAGAUUGUUCCUCAGAUACCUGUGAUGAUUUGUCUCUUUCUCCUCUCCGUGUACUUCUUGGUUGAGUUUAUCCGAGUCUUUAUCAAACGCUACAAAGGAAUUAAUUUAACGCCAGAGGAAAAGCUGAUGAAGACGCAUCAAGCAAUUUAUGUCCGAAAUCUGUUGAGCAAAUCCAAGGAGGUGUAA